UUUUUUUUUUUUGGCUUAAACGAUACUUUAGGGGCAUAGAAACAGUAUGCCAUUUGAUUUAUAGUGGAAAACAAAUUUCAAAAGGUUCAAUUAUCGAUUUUGCCGCAGCGUCUCAGAGCGCGCGUUGAGCACUCACAGGGCGCGCUGUGAUUCAUCGCUUUUGUACUUCUUUUACCUUUUGAAAUAAUAAGUUUAAAGCCAUCUUAGAUUCACAGGCCUAUGGAAAGUUUACAAUUAAUAAGAAAGAAUGCAUUGAUCAUGUGCAAAAGCGAAUGGGUACUCGCCUUCGCAAUUUAAAAAAAAAGACAAAAGGCCUUGGAGGAAAAGGCAAGCUAACAGGCAAAUUAAUUGACGAGUUGUCAAUUUAUUAUGGUCUAGCAAUACGUCGAAAUCAUCAUUCCGUUGAAAAAAUGCGUAAUGAAAUCUACGCGACGCUAGACCACAAAUUGUCGACUGACGAUGAACCGAAACACGACAAAUGCCCGCGCGGAGAAAACUCAUGGUGUUCAUGGCAGAAGGCACAGGCUACUGGAUCAGACCAUACGCAUAAACCACCUCUAUCUCAAGAAGUUUACGAAGCGAUUUCUCCAAUUUAUGGCGAAUUAAGCGGUGACAAACUGCUUUGUCGUUGUAUCGGCGGCUUUACGCAAAAUAGCAACGAGAGCUUCAACGCCACAGUCUGGUCAAUGGCUCCGAAAUCGACUUCCAGCGGCAAACACGUUCUUGACACGGCAGUUUAUAUUAGUGUAGGCAUAUAUAAUGACGGCCUAUCAGCUAUCAUGAGGCUUAUGAAGAAUUUGGAUAUGACAAUUGGGCCGAACUGUUAUAACUUCUGCGUGGAAACCGACAUGCGCCGCAUCGACUUUUCCGAGAGAUCGCUUAGCGAUGCCGCAAAAAAGGCCCGAACAUCCAUAAAAGAAUCUAGGAAGGCAGAGGAGGAGGCGAACAUCGACCUGGAUGGCCAAAUGUAUGGUGCAGGCAUUGCAGAUUAGAGGUAAACGAAAAUUUCAAGGAUUAAAGUCUUCAUAAAACUUUAAACGCGUUUUUCUCGCAACCACUUUUUUCAAAUUGGGAGGACAGAUUUCUCGGUGACUAUUGCAUGGAUCGAUUUGAAAUUUUUACAGUAGCUUCACAACAAUAUUCUCUUUGGAAGUACGUAGCCGUUUUUUGAUUGAAUGUAAACUUUUUUUUUUAUAAGCAAUUCAAUGCUCAUUUUUAGGGCAAAAAACCGAUUCAUUUCUUAAAAAGUGCACUACUUCCACAAAAAUCGAUUAAAAGAAAAACCCCUACGUACUUCCAAAGCCAAUUGUAUAUAGAUUAUAAAUUUUUUUGGUUUUUUGUUCCAGGACUCAUACAUGGCGAGAAAUUCGUCCUCCCAUGGCGGUGUUUUUAAAAAAGCUGUUUUCGAUGACGGGCUCUGUCGCCGCCAUUUUGUAUGAAAAUGAAAGUAAAAAAAUUGUUUUUCGUACUUCAAUAUGUGUUAAAUAAACCCUCUGAAAAGAAAUUCUAUUCCGUUUGUCACACUCCCAAAAUAAAUUGUCAAAUUUAGGUCUUUUUUUCUGCCUCUAGAGUGGUUUUACCCCU